AUGCUUAAGGACGAACUUACCCUUGAAAGUAUUAAACAAUUUUAUAUCAACGUCAAGCAAGAAAAUUCGAAACUUUGCACAUUGUGUAAUUUGUACGACACACGUUCAAUUACCCAAUCGCUGAUUUUCUGCAACACCAGACGCAUGGUCGAUCAACUAAUUGAAGAGAUGAAAGCCCAUAAUUGUACUGUUUCGGCAAUGCAUGAUGAUAUGAAACAACGAGAUCGUCAAUUGAUUAUGAAACAAAUUCGUUCUGGCUCGUCUCGUAUAUUGAUUACAACCGAUUUAUUGGCUCGUGGAAUUGAUGUCCAGCAAGUAUCAUUGGUUAUUAACUAUGAUUUGCCGUCAAAUAGAGAAAAAUACAUUCACAGAAUCGGUCGUGGCGGUCGUUUUGGCCGUAAAGGUGUAGCCAUCAACUUCAUUACAGACGACGAUCGUAGAAUUCUUAAAGGUUCUGAACAAUUUUGUCAAAGAACUAUUGAGGAGAUGCCCGCUAACAUCGCUGAUCUAAUUUAAACGAAAAUUUUGCCGUUAUCCAAAUUUACUCCUCAUAAAAAGAACAGCAACAGAAAAUAUUUAAAACAAUAUAAACAAACCAACUUUGAUGACCAGGUAUUUACUACAAUACGAGUUGAAAAUAAAUAGAUAUUCUAGAUCCAAUUAAGUGGUUGACUUGUUUUAAUGCUGCUUAAAGGCACCUCUUUCCCAAUAAUACGUAUAUGAGUGAGAGCAUAUGUGUACAAAAUAUAGAACAAAAACCAGCUAAAUUGAAAACGAUUUGC